UAGUUGCUGUUACAAAAGAUGUCAAUCAGUAUAUCAAAGGGGUCUGGAACUCGUGCUAGUGAAGAGGCUGAUACAACUUCGACUCCACGUCGUAUGCGUUCCGCUGUUUGGGAACACUAUGAGAAAGACUUGGCUGAUGUGGAUGGUGAGCUAAAAGCAGUUUGCAAGUAUUGCCUCAUGAAAUUGGUUACCAAAUCAGGAACUAGCAGUCUCAGAAGCCAUAUUGCCAAUGCAUGUCCAGCGAUUGACAGUGCUAUCAGAAAGGGCUUUCAAGCAUCCAUGAUCAAGAAAUCAAUUGAUAAAAUUUUUGUCUUUGAUGCCCAACUCUGUCGUGAAUGGAUGAUUGAUUUUAUCAUCCAUGCUGAAAUUGCUUUCCUAAAGUUUGAAGAUCCUUACCUGCAGCCUUGGAUAGAUUCAAUGCAGCCAGCUUUCAAGGUUAAGGGGCGUCAAACGAUCCGUAAUGAUUGCUGGAAGAAAUAUGAAGAGAUGAAGAAAGUAUUUCUGAAAGUUCAAUUGACGAACCUCUACUAUUUUCUGAGAGUUCAAAUGACAAACCUCUACUUUCUGCCUUUCUUCCUGCAAACUGACCUUGUUGAUAUUGAUGUCUUCCUAGAUGCAAUGGUAGCUAAUCUGUUAAAGGGUAAUAUUUUCUUAUAUUUCAUCAGACAUUUUGAUUUGCUUGUUGAAUUUCAUUUCAAUAAUUGUUUCCCACCUUGUGUGGGAGCUUUUGCACUGGGUACGCCCUUUUUUUAUAUAUAUAAUUUUUCAUUGCAUGGUGUGGUUAAAUUGAUUUCAACAUUUGGUGUGGUUACAUUGCAGGAGAGGUUUGCGACUUCUCUGAGUGCGUCAGGGCCUUCAUCUCGUAAUUGUUGAACCUGCAAUCUUCAUGCUUCAACGUCUGUCAAAAUAGCUAAUAGCUUGCUGGUUGUCGAAUGUCUGUAACAUAUUUUGGCAAUUGCAAUGCUGGCUCAUCACAGGUCGCUGUUUCAAGGUCUUGCUUGCUGCUUGUCAGAAUGUCUGUAACCAAAAUAGCUAGGUACAUGGAUAUAUAUUGAUCACGCACCGAUCGAUUCAUAUGCCUGCUGCCUGCA